GCGUGGGAAGGCUGUAAGUCGUCACAGACACUGCACAACGAUGCUAUUGAUAUCUCGGGCGCGGCCAUUGAUGCGAGGGUUCGCGCUGCGCAGCGGUGCGCUGCGCAGCUGUGCCGUAAAGGCACCGCAUAAGCAACACACUCUCCUGCUCAGGCCUGCGCGGCGCCUCAGCGAUGCAGCGGCGACACCACGGAGCAGUGUGGCUCCAUUCCCCGUAAGAUGCACGAUCGUCGGCGCGGCCACCGCCGUGGCGACACCGCUCUUCCCGGUCAUCGGCAGCUAUCGGUUGGCGUGCUACUUGGUGCCGAACAAGGGCGCACGAUUCAUAAUAGUGGGCUCGGCGGCGGGCGUGUUCAGCUUUGCGAUUCGCGACGCGCUGCCCUACCUCGUAGACCACGCUGAGUUGAUGGCUCCGAUGGCCCUCGCGAACGGCGCGGUGGCGGCGGUCUCGUACGGCGCGCUGGAAGCUAUCAAUGGCGGUCCCGCGAAGCUGCUCGACCGCGCUAGUAACAUGCUGCCGCGGUUUGCUCCUAUUUGGCUGAAAGCAGCUGGCCCGGCGGCCGUCGUCGGCGCGGGGAUCGGCCUCGCGACGGCUCUGAUAGCUCCGUAUACGUACGCCACGUUGACGGAGCUCCACUUCGGCGUCGAGCUCCCGAGCACGGCACGUUUUGUGGAUCGCCUCGUCCCGGUCACGGUGCCGACGGGCUUCGUGGCGGGGGCGCUGCUCGGGCCCGUCCUCAAGCCGGCCAUCGCGGGGUCUCCGUGGCUCGCGGCGCCGGCAGUCUUAUUCUUUGCCGGCGGCGCUUUGUAUUUAUAUCGGGACGCGGCGCCCGUCGAGCCCUUUGCCGUUGGGAAGGGGCCGGGCGCCUACUAUGUAGACGAAGAAACGCGCAUCGCCGCUUCAUCAGUGCCCCGCGUCGACGCCGUCACUUUACAAAUAGAGUCGCAGCGCGGCGCCGAGCAUAUUGAGGAUGGUGGUGCCCUCGCUUCCAAGGGCGCGGCGCUCCGCAAGGCGCUUUCAGAUAGGAGCGUCCGCGCCUACGCGGAUGCCCGCCACGCGCGCCUGGACGUGGCGCUGGCGCGGUUCCCGUUCCUGGCUGUGUGGAAAUCAACCAGUGUGUCGGGUGCACCGAUAAUUCUUCACUAAGUCAUUUCGCUGCGAUGAGCGGUGCAGGAACCGCAUCGCCACGCCAUCGAGCAGGCGUCGCGUCGAUGGCGUGGAGGACGACGCGGCGAUUCAGCACGAACGCGCCGUAAAUUUUGAUUUCCGCACAGGUUCCUGGCGAGCAUGCUGGACGACCGGGCGCUCCUCGAAACGUUCUCGCCGUCGGUGGAUCCUCAAAAGGCGCUGCGCACGGACGCGGUCGCACGGGCUGCGCUGCUCGCGAGCAGGGGCGUGGCGCCGCGCGACGCCGCGCGGCGAGCCAGACGCGACGUCGAGGCCGCCGUGCCGUCGGCGCGCCUCGGCGCGCUGCCCGUCGCCGCGGCGCUGGCGGCCGUGGUCGCGCCGGACUCGGACGUAGCGCGGGCCGUCGAUGUGAAUGUCGAAGAGCUCGCGGCGCUCCUGCAAAACCACGGCGUCCACGUUCCGGCGAGCGCGUACGACGACCACGUCGUGGAUGAAAGGCGGCGAAAGGCGUGGCGCCUCGUCGGCGCGGCUCUCUUGACUGCCAUGGUGGCCGUGGCGCGAGAGAUGAUGAUGUAGUGUGUUAAGACUCAUGUAACCCACAAAAACAAUCAC